AUGCGAAUUGUGCUUCUACUCGUUGUGCUUUGCACUACCGCAAUUUGUCAAGAUACCGAUGAUUCUACGACGACUGAAGUACUGACUACGACAGAAUUGAACUGUUACUGGUUGGAUGACGCCUUCUAUUAUGGCUUUUUGCCGAGUUAUUACUAUGACGGGAAGUGUUGCAACUCCGAAUCGAUUGCAUAUUUGAACACACAGUACGGCAGUGAAUGGACCUCUAAUCCAUCGGCUUCGGAAAAGAAAGACUACGCGACUCAACUCGAAGACAACGGAUAUUGUAACACUUCAUCGACGUCUUCAACUGUUUCCACAACUACGUCCAUGCUUACGACUACAGAUUUGUCAACUUCAUCUGAAAAAGAAACUACUAUAAUAGGUGAGCCCUCUUCAAGGCCGCUUUAUUUGACUGCUCGAAGCAACAAGCCUAGAAUAUACUUUGCAAAAUCAUCAAGUUUCGCAGCGGAGGCACGUUGCCAUGUUUCGAGAUCGGGCUGCCUGGAGAUUAGAUUUAGGGAGCCCUGCUAUCCGCAAAAUUUGCUUUUCUAUUCUAUUUUUUCGCUACCACCCCAGAAAUGCGUACUUUUCUUGCUGCUUAUGGUACUGAGCACCCAUUCUGCAACUGAAACAUUAAACUGUUAUUGGUUGAAUCAAACGUUCACCUAUACAUCGGGAGUCAACGAGGGCCAGUGCUGUACUUUUGAGUCUGUCAGCUAUAUGAACAAGACAUACGGGUCCGGCUGGAUCAGUACCUUCUUGAACGGAGGAUAUGUGGAUGAACUUGAGAGGAACGGUCUCUGCGCGGGUUCCACCACGAUCACGGGUAAUAGGAUUGAGGAUUUCUAGAAUCAUCUUCAACUUCAACCCCCACAACCACUUCUACAGAUCUCACGACAACGGCUCUCGCGUGUGGAGCAUUGGCGGACACGGAUUGCUGUACUCAAAGUGUGACUUCCUGUCUGGACCAGGUGUCAAAGACCUGGCGAACUGUUCCGAGCACGAAUGGAUACGAAUCUGUUCUUGAACAAUGCGGAUGCUUCUUGACAACGACGACAACUACGGGUGGGCGAUAACCUGAAUUGAAAACAUGUGAAUUCCGGGCCAUCUGCAAAAUCACGUGCGCGUAUCCUUGGAAAUCGGGGUAUAUCCGUUUUUUUAGUGCUUUGAAUUGUGAAUCAUCUGAAACUGUAAUAGAAGCAAUAUUGAAUGUUCGAGACAGCAUAUCUCAAUUGUUUGUAGAGAUAUCGAAAAGUGAUCAACAGAAAGAAUGUUCACAAUUUGUCGAUAAACAAUUUAUUAGUUGACAACUUUUUGAUAUCUCUACCGGCAGCUGAGAUAAAACGUUUUGAAUACCUGGUAUUUUGGGUGGCAAUGGAUGAUUGAUGACUGCCAGCUCAAGAGAAACUCCUGAAAAUGAAGCACUAUCUGCAAAGGAUCACUUUAGUGUUUAUCAGUACAAAUCUGAACAGUCUGUAUCCAAAAACAGUAUGUUGCGUCGAGAACGAUACAUUAAUCUGCAAAGUGAAGUGUCCCAGAAAGUCUCUCACUCUCCUAGUCUCUCCGAAGCAAGAGUUCAGGAGUCCGGACGUCCAAAACACGACAAAUCCCAACCAAGAACAUAAACUCGUCACCGAAAUGUCGGUUGCCUAGCGAAACCCAUUGAAACAGUCCAACUGAAGUGCUGUACGGCUCCGGGCUCCGUCAUUCUCUUCCUUUCUCGUGCCGACCACAUGCCGCUCCUUCUCCUGCUUCUAUUAUUCUGGCGCUCAGUCGGUUACGUCGACUGUGCUGUCGAUUGUUCCUGGUUAUCCGAGACCGUGUCUGUGAGCGGAGUCCUUUAUGAGGGACAAUGCUGUACUCAAGAAGUUGUGGACUACAUUGACGCUACGAGAUCCGUUUUUUAUUUUAACAAUUGGAGAUCAGCAACUAUCUAUUCUCAAGUUUUGAAUCCGGUGUUCGACAAAUUUGGAGUAAAUUGUAAAAAAUUGGCAACUUCAACGACCAAGAGGACAACUGUCAAGAGCACUUCUAGGACGACUCCGAGAAGAACCACGACCAAACGGACGACUCUCUCCACUUCCACAUCUACCACAACCUCCCCAACAACCUCCUUUUCUACCCUCAAAUGUGGUUGGCUCAGUCAGACUGACGAUCAAGUUUACUCGAACGGAAACGGAUUCUCGGUCACUUAUUCUGGCGAAUGUUGCAAUUCGAAAACGAUCGAUUUUCUGGACAAAUGGAACGUCAGCUGGAUUUAUGCGGUGGAAAGGGUGGAUAGAGCGAACACACUUUUAGAGAUUGAAAUGAACGGAGUGUACGUGUGCACUUUACUCAACGGAACAGGUAACACACACACACAGUUCUGGUACUCCCAGAACCGUUUUUAUUCAUUCAGCCGCACAGUCGGAUUGUUUGUGGCUCAGUGAGGACAUUCCGUGCACGUCAGAACAAUCUUACAAUGGCGACAACGAUUAUUUCGGGCAGUACUGUACGGACAUGUGGAUGCUUUACUUGGAUACAACACCGAUUGGGUCUCUUAAUGAAUGGAGGCAGGCCACUACUGACGAGGAAAAGUGCCAGGUGGUGCUGAUGGCUCAACGAGAAGAGCUUGAAGAGAUGUCGGCGAACAACUGCUCCUGGCUUCAUUGGACGCGAAAUUUGACGGAACUUAAUAUCACUUAUGGCGGCGACUGCUGUAAUUACGAACGAGCAAGGGAUCACAUGGACGGAGUGAGCAGCAAUUGGAGGAACGACACGGAUUACGAGCAGCAGACCGAAUGGAUCGUUCAGUUGAUCCGAAUGGGACUCUGUCAAGGCUGGUUAUCAUCUUUUCCUUCCGAGUUCAAAAGUUUUACAUCCAGUCUAGUCCAUCUGGAGACUGA